AUGGCAACGUCACUAUCAUGGUCUAUCCAGCUCCCCACGCCGAUCCCGACGGCGCCCCCGCAGGUUUCCGCAUUUGGCGAUCCGCAUUUGACGAACGUCUACGGUGAGCGAUUUGACCUGAUGCGGCAGGGCAAAGUCUUGCUCAUCAAUAUCCCACGUGGAAAACCAGUGGAGGACGCGCUGCUCGUCGCGGAGGCCGACGUGCGCCGAAUGGGUGCGCAGUGCGCGGACAUGUAUUUCCAAAGGUUGAACAUCACAGGGGCGUGGGCGGACGAGGCGCACGCUGGCGGUCUCACCUUCGAUGCCAAGACGGCGCACGAGGCGGGCGCGGGGUGGACGAAGUUCGGUCCGCUGGAGCUCAAGGUCGUCCGCGGGCGCACGGACCAGGGCGUCCCGUACUUGAACUUCUACGCCAAGCACCUUGGGAAGGCUGGGUUUGCCGUCGGAGGCCUGCUGGGAGAGGACGAUCACACGGAGGCUGCGACGCCCGCGGCAGAGUGCGGCAAACAAUUGUCCCUUGCGCGUCGUGCCGCACCGACGCGUGCAGCGCCGAGUUCGGCUCCGAACUCUGUCGCAAUGGCGAGCUUCGACUGA